AUGAGCAAAGCCCACCCUCCCGAACUGAAAAAGUUUAUGGACAAGAAGUUGUCAUUGAAGUUAAAUGGUGGCAGACGUGGGCAACAGAACAACAGCGGAGUGGUGGUCAUCCGAGGAAACAGCAUCAUCAUGUUAGAAGCCUUGGAAAGAGUCUAG